UUCCAUUAUUCCAUUAUUACAUUCCAACUGUCAUCAGACAAAACAAACAUCAACCAAGAACAAAAUAAUAACAACUAACAACCAACUAACACUAAUUCUAAGUCCUGGCCAGGUGAAAGCCCAACAAUUCUAGAAAUAUGAAAUGAAAUAUGAAAAUAUUAGAUGUUGUGAGCCAAACUCUGGAGGCAUUCAAGUUGAGAUUUUAGAUUUUGAAAGAUUCCAGAAUACAACAUACAUUCCAUACAUCAUGAAUUUAACAAAGCAAAGAAAUCAAGAAAUCGGUGCCAAUGCCAAACUCUUAAAGUGCCCAUUGCGCGGCGUUUGGUUUGGAAGUGGCACCACCGUGAAGUCAUACAUGCCAGUUCGAAUAAUGACCACAAGACCACAAUAUGACCAGCUCAUCAACAAAUGCCGCAAUGCUUCGUCACCCAUGAUGGCAGGAUGGCAGGAUCCUAUGAGCCAUGAUACCUAUGAGGCAUCAUACCCAUAUGUGCAACACUCGCAACAACAACAACAGCAUCUGGAGCAGCAGCAGAUGGCGAAAUUCUCAACCAGUUUGGCUGCUGAACUGAAAUUUGACUACGUUCUCCACACUCCUGUCAAGUAUCGCAAAUAAACAAAUAAACCAAUUUCCCAAAAUAAAAAAAAAAAAUAAAAAAUUUCUCCUAUGACAACCUUCGGAACGUCCUUCCAAUCGCUCAUAUGCUGAACUGGUGAAAUGGCAGGGCCUGCCCAUACGCAUGCCUUUACUGCGUUUACCCAAUGACUUGGCUCCCCUAGCUUUAGAAUGUUUUGAAUGUAUAUUAUGUUAUUGUGGUGAUCCCGAGCUCCCGAGCUAACCCAGGUCAAAUGUGUCUACACGGUGCUAAUGCAUUGUCACAAAUACUUGGCAUUACGUGAUGAGGUCUACUGCCAGUUAAUGAAGCAAACUACCGCCAAUCGUUCGCCCUGUCCCGAUUCCACUCAGCGUGGCUGGCGCCUACUCAGUAUUUUAGCAGCAUAUUUUGGCUGUUCCGAUGCCUUGAGGCCUUAUCUAUUGGAAGACGUCGGCGUUCGUGUCAUGGCACUGCCGCGGUUUGCUUAACUAAUCUUCGCAAAACGGCACGUUGUGGUGGUGGUCACAAGUGUGGAAGAGGUGACCGCAGUGUCGGCAGGCCGUUCAGCUCGUCGACAAAUCUAUCGUUUACCUGGAGGAGCAGGAGCCACCGUUGUUCCACUGUGGUGGCGGAUGUUAUAGCCGAAUUAUGCGCUUUACUGGGCAUCGAAUCGGAAACCGAGCAGCAAGAAUUCUCCUUGUAUUGCAUAGUUCAGGGAGAUGCCUUUACUAUGCCCUUGGCAGCAGAUGAAUAUAUUUUGGAUGUAACCACAGAGCUACUAAAAUCCGGCCAGCCUUUCUAUCUGAUAUUCUGUCGCUCGGUCUGGCAUUUCCCCUUGAAGAGGGAUCCUGCCCCCACGCCCUUAUAUGUGGAGGUUAUUUUCAAUCAAGUGGCACCUGAUUAUUUGGAAGGUCUGCUGCUUGAAUUACCCGGCAAUGGAGUGCCACCACCUGAUGUCGUACGCGAUAUGGCUCGCAUAGCGGCUUUAUUGCAUAGAGCGGCUGACCUAAGUCAUGUACCAGCAAUGAAGGAAAUCAAAUUUCUAUUGCCUAAACCAGCUUUAAGUAUUAGAGAAACACGGCCAGCCCAAUGGGUGGGUCUAGUCCAAUCGGCUUGGCCACAGAUUGCCAAUCUAAGUCCUGGCCAGGUGAAAGCCCAACAAUUCUUGAAUGUGUUGUCGGCAUGGCCUUUAUUCGGUAGCAGUUUCUUUGCGGUGAAACGUAUAUGGGCCGAAGAGGGUCCACAUGUCGAUGACGGUCCCAUGUGGAGGGAUUUGAUAUUGGCCCUCAAUCGUAGGGGGGUGUUAUUCUUGGAUCCCAAUACACAUGUCAAUGCAACAUUGGCCAUUUAUGGAGGUCAUAUCGACAAGGAAGGUCCGUUCCGAGGAUGGUGCAUUGUUUUUGGACAUGAAGGUGGACCUCAAUCUGAUGCAGCAACGUGUCAUACGGGUCCAAACCGAAGAGGCUCAUGAGAUAUCGCGUUUGGUACGCCAAUACAUAACCAUUGGCUCAAAUUAGUCAACGUGACAAAAGGGAUGUUGUCAAUUAAUUACUUACUUAAUUAAUUAAUUAUCUGUAAUUCUUAAAUUAAUUAAAACAAAAAAAAAAAUACAACUACACAUCUUU